GUAUCCAGUCUCCGUCGCGUGUCCAAACCAGCUGCUGAUGCUGCUUCUGAUACGGUUCCGAAACACUCGACCUUCCCCUCUCACUAUAGGCCCAGCAGUGUUCCAGAAGAUGUUAAACAUCCCCUCACGGAACCUGGAAAGCGUCCAUCAGUUUUACCAGCCGUUACGGAGCAGACAGGAGACGUGGAACCCGCCCAGCCUCCACCCUCCGAUGCACCAGCCCCUAGCUUAAUGGAACGCCUGUACGGCCUGUUCGAUUCCAUCAUCAAUGUGCCGGAGGAAUUGGCUGCUACCUGCGAAAAUACUCCGGAAACACCAAUUCGUCCUGUCAGCGUUGCCCAGACUGAGACCGCUCCCUUCGAGGUCACCAAACGAAAGGUUUCUGCUCAACAAGAUCUGCAGUUGAAUGAAUCCGAAUGCAUUCGCGCUGUUAAUGCUAUUGAUGAGGCUAUCAAACCGCGCCAGGCGAACGGCCGCACUAAGCCGAUGGUGGAGCAGACACAAAAUGGUGAGGUACAACAUGAUCUCAAGGAGGAAACGCUUGCCGUAGAACAGGCCUCCAUCCUCCCCCAGAAGACUGUCGUCCGUAUUGCGAAGGCGGCGGCUGUCUUUGUCGGUAUCGUAUGCGUCGCUGUUCUUGUGGCUGCCCUAGAGACCCACCCCAAACCAGGACAAGGCACCGGAUGGACCAGCAUUGCAGGACAUCUCCGUCAUCAGCCUUUGGUGUCCUCUUUCAACGAAUAUUUAUAUGACCCCGUGCGGAGGAAUUUGGUAAACGGGUUCUCAACCCUCUUCAACCGACAGUAA